UGGUGCUCUAAAACGCAGUCCCUCUUGUCCGUUAGGGUGUCAUUUCAGCCUGGCAUUCCAAGAAGGGUUGCUAAGGUCUCAUAUGGUCCUCUAGGGAAACUAUGCAGCAAGAAUUCUAGAAUGCUAAUGGAUAUAGCUGAGAGAACCAGUUCUAACACACAAUCAGGCUUCUUGUCCCGGUUCAGUGAGCCGGCUCUCCGGAUGCGUCACUUCCACCACCUCUCAGUUUGUUACAUGACAAGCUGGGUCACAGUUCCUAGUCUUCCAGCGGCCCAGCGCGCAUCUCCUGCCACAGCCUCCCAUCUUGGAUGUUAAUUCACUUUGGGCAGUCUCGGCAAUCGGUUGACUCCAGCGCUUCCAGGAUCUCUCCAGAAGUGGUAUAGGGGUGAACUGGGGAUUUUAAAAAGUAUAAAUGCCAACCCGUGAUGAGAACGGCAGAAGCACCUAACUCCACCAGCACAGAGGGAGAAAUCCUCACCUUAGGAACGCGAGCCCGCGUUGCCAGGCAACCAGAGGGCGCCUCCCUGCGGCCCCCGCGACUGCGCGGUUGAUGCCCGCCAUCUUGGCCAGUUGGCCUUGGCCUUGAGGAUCGCUCUGCCCUCAAGAGACCUGUAAAAUGGGACUACUAGCGUCUUUGAGACCUACUUGACAGAACUGCUGCACAGCACAGCACGAAAGUGAUUCCUCGUUUGAAAGGACCUGAGUGUGGACCUGAGUGCAGUGGGCAUGGCUGCUGCCUCCCCGCUGAGAAACCUGGAGGACGAGGUGCUGUGCUCCAUCUGCCUUGACUUCUUGAGAGACCCAGUGACCAUUGACUGUGGUCAUGUCUUUUGCUACCACUGCAUCAUUAAGGUCUGUGAAUCUUCUAGGCAGCCGUUAAACUGUUCUCUUUGCAAGGCAGCUUUUAAGAAGGAGAACAUGCGCCAUGUGUGGCAGAUGGCCAGCUUGGUGGAGAACAUCUGGAGGAUGAAGGUAGAUGAGGAGAGACAACCCAGAGAGGAAAGACCGCCUGAGCAGAAGGCAGCGAAGCUGUGUGGGCGACACCUGGAGAAGCUGCACUACUACUGCAAGGACGACCAGCAGAUCCUGUGUGUGAUGUGUCGGGAGUCCCGGGAGCACCGGCACCACGCCGCCGUUCUCUUGGAGAAGGCUGCACAGCCUUAUCGGGUGAGAACCCUGUGGGACCUCAGCUCUGUCCUGGUAGCCAAAAAAGUUCUCAACCUUCAGGAUAAGGUCCAACUUUUAAAGCCACUUUUUGAGGGUAAAAUUCUAAAUCACCUGAAGGUUCUGAAGGGAGACAGAGAUAGAAUUCGGAAUUUUCAGUCCACAGGAGAGGAUGAAAUUCAGGCCCUGCUGACAAAAUUCCAGAACCACAAGCAAGACAUUGCAUCCGUGUUUGAACAGGGCCAUCAAUUCUUGAGAGAAAGGGAGCAGUACCUUUUGGAGUGGCUGGUGGGGCUGGAGCAGGAGCUCACGGAAGGGAGGAAUAGCCACGUCACCAAGGGCUCCGAGGAGGUGGUCCGGCUCAGGGCUUUGAUCACAGACUUAGAGAAGAAGGCUCGGCAGCCAGCACUUGAACUUUUGCAGGAUCCAAGUGACAUAUUAAGCAGGUAUCCUCGGAAGAAGUUCUGGAUUGAAAAGCCUAUCAGUCCUGCAAUCAAAAAACGAGCAGAAGAAUUUUCAGAUAAACUUGCUUCUUUAGAGAAAGGACUCAGAGGAUUCCAUGGAAAGCUGAUGAGAGAUCUGGAAUAUAAAACAAUGAAGAUCAUCCUGAAUUCUCAGACAGCCAAUGGCUACCUCUCAGUGUCUCCAAAUGGGAAGAGUAUGAUAUUCACUGGCUUAUGGAUGAACAAAUACCAACAUGGUCAGCGAUUUGAUCCUGAGCCUGCUGUGCUGGGCAGCAAUGGCUUCACAUGGGGCAAAGUGUACUGGGAAGUCAAAGUGAACAGAAUCUGGUGGGGAGCAGAGGAGGAAGAAGAAGCAAUGCGGUACAGGGGUGGAGCCAGAGGUUUGAAGCCUCUGCCACUAAUAGGAAUUGACUACGACAUCUGAGACAGAUCUCUCAUCAGCUGGUUCACUCCCCAAAAUGCUUACAACAGCAGAGCCUGGGUCAGGAGGAAGCCAGGAGACUUAAGCCAUCACCUGCUACUUCUCAAGGUAUGCAUUAAACAGGAAACUGGAACUCAAACCCAGGCACCUCAAUUAUAGGAUGUAGGCAUCCUAAGUGAGGUCUUAACUGCUGAACCAGAUGCCCACUCCUCUCUUCCUCUAAUUGUAAGACCAUUAAUGGCAACAUGGGUAAUUACCUCCAAAAGGCCCCACCUCCUAAUAUCACUAACAUACGAAUCAGAGGAUUCAUUUUCAAUACAUGGACUUUGGGGGGACAUAAACAAACCACAGCAUGGGGAAAUCUGCUCUGAUAAUUUACCUGUAUAGUAAUGUUUUUUUUUGAAAAAUCAGACCAAACAAUACAAAAUCUCUGUAGCCUGUAUCUAUAUCCAUCAGUAAAAGUAAGUAGAAGUCCACUGCCAUUGCUUAUGCUCAAAUGCUUGAUAUUGCAAGGUCGAGGCCAUUUACAACCACAUUUUUUCACAUAACAAAUAGCCAACAGUUUUAACUAGUAUAUUUUAUGUGUUUAGCUGUGCAUAUUUAGUAACCAAUAGGACCCAAGGAACAAAUUUUAUGGGUUAAGGAUUCAGAUGUCCCAGUGAGUUUGGUUAGAAAUAAAUGAGAGCAACCAGCUCUGUGGCAUAGCAGGUAAAGUCGCAGCCUACAGCACUAGCAUCCCAUAUGGGCACUGGUUUGAGACCUGGCUGCUUCACUUUUGAUCCAGCUCCCUACUAAUGUGGCUAGGAAGGCAACAGAAGAUGGCCCAAGUGCUUGGGCCCCUGAACCCACAUGGGAUACCAGAAGAAGAUUCUGGCUCCUGAGUUCAGCCUGUCCCAGUCCCAGCCAUUGCUGCCAUUUGGGGAGUGGCAAGACCUUUUGCUCCCUCUCUCUGUCUUUGCCUCUCUCUGUAACUCUUUUAAGUAUAUAAAAUAAAUCUUUAAAAAAGAAGGAAGGAAGGAAGGAAGGAAGGAAGGAAGGAAGGAAGGAAGGAAGGAAGGAAGGAAGGAAGAGAAAGAAGGAAGGAAGGAAGGAAGGAAGGAAGGAAGGAAGGAAGGAAGGAAGGAAGGAAGGAAGGAAGAAAGGAAGGAAGGAAAUAAUGAGUUGCAAAAAACAAGGCCAGUUUAGCAAGACAGUGGUGAGACUGUUCUUGUUUAGAAUCUUUUGUUACUCCACUGAUCAAAAAUUGGGGAAGCUGAGAAACAGGAUGACCAACAAGUACAGAGACUCAAUAUGAGUCUCCUCUUCAAUGUUCUUUUGCUGAAUAUUUCCUUGAGAUGCACGCAUCUCCACAUUCUGGGCCUGUUGCGAGAAUUCUACGCAUAUGUAUGUCUCCAAAACUCCUGCGACCAGUUGUUCUUCCACAUACUUGGACUCUGGCCAAACAUUUGGUUACUACCUAAGUUUAUGUAAGACCUUAACAUCAGACCAUUGUUUACC